CGGCCCUUCCCCGCCAGGCCGAGCAGCCAAUGGGGCCGCGGGGGCUGGCGCUCGGCUCCUCCUUGGCGGGCAGCUCUGCGCUCAGCGCUGGGGAAACCAGCGGCGUAUAAAGUCUCGGCGCUCCUGCGAGCUCCCUUGGCAGAGCUGGGCCAGGCGGCGGGCUUGCUCGCGUGCGCGGCAGGACUCGUGGCGGCCUUUCUGGGGCUCGGAAGCAGCAGCAGCAGCCGCGAUGCCGCUCGCCCAGCUGGGAGCCGAGCCUUGGCCCGAUAUGGAGCUGGUGGACAUGGAGUUGGACGGCGAGAACGGUCAAGCUGCUCUGGAGGAAAAGAAAGGGACACCAUCCAAGGCAAAACAGGAUCCCACUUGGAUCGAGAGAGAUGUGAGCUCUUCAGAUAAGAAUGAAGGCUCCGUCCAAGAAAUUACCAUCACAUACCUCGUGAAGGAGGGAUCCGAGAAAGCUGACCCAUCACAGUUUGAGCUUCUUAAAGUCCUGGGGCAAGGUUCUUUUGGCAAAGUUUUCCUGGUAAGAAAAAUCACUCCACCAGAUAACAGCCACCUCUAUGCCAUGAAGGUCUUGAAGAAAGCCACGCUGAAAGUGCGUGAUCGAGCAAGGACAAAAAUGGAAAGGGAUAUCCUAGUGGAAGUCAACCAUCCCUUCAUAGUGAAACUUCACUAUGCAUUCCAAACGGAGGGGAAACUCUACCUCAUUCUUGACUUCCUCCGAGGGGGAGACCUCUUCAUGCGCCUUUCCAAAGAAGUAAUGUUCACGGAAGAAGACGUGAAGUUCUACCUUGCAGAGCUGGCCCUGGGCCUCGGUCAUUUGCAUCGCCUCGGCAUCGUCUACAGAGACCUUAAGCCUGAGAACAUCCUCCUAGAUGAUGAAGGGCACAUCAAACUCACAGAUUUUGGUUUGAGCAAAGAAGCCAUAGACCGCGAGAAGAAGGCCUAUUCUUUCUGUGGGACGGUGGAGUACAUGGCACCAGAAGUGGUGAAUCGUCAGGGCCACACCCAGAGUGCUGACUGGUGGUCAUAUGGGGUCUUGAUGUUUGAGAUGUUGACGGGGUCGCUGCCGUUCCAAGGGAAGGACCGUAAGGAAACGAUGACGCUCAUUCUCAAAGCAAAGCUGGGCAUGCCCCAGUUUCUGAGUUCUGAAGCGCAGAGCCUCCUGCGAGCACUUUUCAAGAGGAACCCAGCCAACAGGUUAGGCUCGGGUCCUGAUGGCGUGGAAGAGAUCAAGCGUCACCCAUUUUAUUCCACCAUUGACUGGAAUAAGCUGUAUAGGCGGGAAAUCAAACCACCUUUCAAGCCUGCGGUGGGCCAACCAGAUGACACCUUUUAUUUUGACAAAGAGUUCACAUCUCGCACACCUAAAGAUUCUCCUGGGAUCCCACCUAGUGCGGGGGCCCAUCUGCUCUUUCGCGGAUUCAGUUUUGUGGCUUCUGGGUUGAUAGAGGAUGAAAAGGUCAAAUCCCCACCGGUGCCUCUACAUUCCGUGGUGCAGCAACUGCACGGCAAGAAUCUCCAGUUCAGCGAUGGCUAUGUGGUGAAGGAGGCAAUCGGCGUGGGCUCUUACUCUGUGUGCCAACGCUGCAUUCACAAGGCAACGGACACAGAAUAUGCUGUGAAGGUCAUUGACAAGAGUAAGCGAGACCCUUCCGAAGAAAUUGAGAUACUCCUACGGUACGGACAGCAUCCAAACAUCAUCACUUUGAAGGAUGUGUACGAUGACGGCAAGCAUGUCUACCUGGUGACCGAGCUCAUGAGAGGAGGGGAGCUGCUGGACAGGAUCCUCAAGCAGAAAUAUUUCUCGGAGAGGGAGGCCAGCUCUGUCCUGCACACAAUUUGCAAGACUGUGGAGUAUCUGCACUCCCAAGGGGUCGUCCACAGAGACUUGAAGCCCAGCAACAUCCUCUAUGUGGAUGAGUCGGGCAACCCAGAAUGUAUCCGCAUUUGUGACUUUGGGUUUGCCAAACAGCUAAGGGCAGACAACGGGCUUCUCAUGACUCCCUGCUACACGGCCAACUUUGUAGCUCCAGAGGUUUUGAAACGUCAAGGUUAUGAUGAGGCCUGUGAUAUUUGGAGCUUAGGGAUUCUCCUUUACACAAUGCUGGCAGGGUACACUCCCUUUGCAAAUGGGCCUAGUGAUACUCCAGAAGAGAUCCUCACUCGGAUAGGUGGGGGAAAGUUUUCCCUCAAAGGAGGAAACUGGGACACUGUAUCUGUCACUGCAAAGGACUUGGUAUCCAAGAUGCUCCACGUUGAUCCUCAUCAGCGCUUGACUGCAAAACAAGUCCUCCAGCACUCAUGGAUAACCCAAAAGGACAGGUUGCCCCAGAGCCAGCUGAGUCACCAAGAUGUACAACUUGUAAAGGGUGCUAUGGUUGCCACGUAUUCUGCGUUGAACAACUCCAAGCCAGGCCCCCAGCUGAAGCCCAUUGAGUCAUCCUUCCUAGCACAGAGGAGGGUGAAGAAGCUCCCAUCUACCACACUGUAAUGCGGGAUGCCCUUUGCCUGCCCGUGCUCAACUCUGCACAAACUUCCUUGCACAAGCUUCCCAGGGGAGUCAAAACCAUAACCUCCAUGAGAAGUCCUGUUUUGAGGCAUGAUCUCAGAUGCACAUCAAGGCUAUGUGCCUUCAGACAGACUAGCUGUUGCUUUCCUCAUGGACUACGCUCUUAAGUGUACAGGGAAGACUCAGAGUUUGUGUAUAUGUAUAUGAGAAUCGGAAUACGCAACCAUCUGUGUUUUUAACAACACUGAUACAGCAGAUCUUCCCCGACCUGCGAAAGGCCAGACCUUAGAAAAGUGGAUUCCUCUUUAGAGCCAAAUCUGGUACAGCAAAGGCAACUAAUUUGCCCCCCCCCCCCUCCUUAUGUGGUCAACUGAAGCUUUCAAGAUUUCUUUUGUUUGUACUGGCUCCCCCACCCGCAAUCAUGUAUAGGUUUUUGUAGUGACAAGUUCUUCAAAUUUCACUCUCCUCCAAACUUUGUGGCUCAUUUCUGACAGUAUCUUGAAUGACCCUGUCCAGUCAUCUUCUUCACUUGUUUCACCAACCAUCUUUUGAACAUCACUCUCACCAACCCAGACCUGCAGAUUCGGGAUUGCUCCUCUUCUCCCUCCGCCCAGUAUCUUUGAAUCAAUGUUUUAAAGCAGUCUCUACACAAUGGGCUUGGAAGAAAAUGUAUUUUCAUACAGUGAAAACAUCAUGUUGUCUAAAUGUGUAUGUUGCGGGAGGGGGGAAUCAUUUAGUUUUUAAAACUGUCAAAUAACACAAAUCCAGAACUUCAUGAUGCAAAAACCCCCCAACAACCUGGCUUUUUAAAAAAAAAUUAACUGAUUCUUUGGCUCUUAACUCAGGGUUUCUGUCUGAACUAUCAAAUAAAACAUACCAUGCGGCUGAA